AUGCUGACACGUCUUCUCGUGCUGACGUGGCUUCUCGAGGCGGCGACGGCCAACAUGAGCUGUCUGGUGAUGCGGCCAGGUACGUGUGUUUGUGCUCAUUGCGAGCAAAGUUUGGGAGGGAAAGAGCAGUCACCGUUUAUGCUCAAAUUACAUACAAAUAAAGGGAGGAAGAAGCGCGAGCGGACGGUUGAAUAGAAACAAAUCGGUGUAAAUACCUUUACGGCUCACCUAGAUUAGAGCCACGACGGAAGGGAAUGGAACCGCUUUAGUAGGGUCCAACCUUUUCGUUAUUUGCACAAAAAGUGACUCUCUGAUAGUGCCCCCUAAAAGCUUUCUGCCAGCGUCUCCCCAACUGUACACCCUCUCGCCCUUUUGUAGUAUAAAAUGUAACACGCCCUAUGAGCAAUUCCCCUUCCAAACUGUACAACACAAGUUGUAAAAUGUCACAGACGGAGAAUCGGGAAUGUUUCGUUCGAAAGCGAAUCGGCCGUGACAAGAAUCAGCGGGAGGACAUCCAAAUCGAAUUCUCGGAACAAAAAGUGCCGUCAAAUUGCAUUCUCAAGUGCUCCUUCUUCCUUUCCUCCCCUUUUUUGCUUCGAAAUCUCUAAAAAAGUGUUGCGAAACAAGGAGAAGAAGAUAUCUUUUUUCGUGUUUUCCUCUGAUUGUCACUGUCCUUUUCUUCUCGUUUCCCCUUUCAAACAACGUGUCGUUAGUGUCAGUUGUACAUGCCCAAAUUGGCUUUUGGCGCGUCGAUCGUCGGAAAUCCAAAUCGAGUUUGUGGGGGUCUCUCGCCCGGGAAUCCCUUUGGGGACCCGUCUGAUGUUCGAAUGAUGGUGUCAAGUCCCGUCAGUUUAUGAAGGAGACGAAGGCGAGACACUCGCGGCAUUCUGUCAAAAAUGGAAGGAAAAAAGAAGGCAAAUAAAGGGCAUGAAUCAGAAAAUAUCGGAUUUCUGGAAGUGGGCGAGAGAGUGCGCGAGACGAGGAGACGCAGAGAACCGAGCAUGCAAAGUCCCCGCGACUCGCGAAAUUAGACGACUUUUUUCUGAAUGAGUAGGCAGGAAACGAUCGCCUACGCGAGUAAUCCCGGGUCAAAAAGCAAAAGCUCGGGGGCCGGGCUCACAGAGAUUCCCGGGGCACUAGGAUAGCAAACUGGGCAAGUUUCGGAAGCAUUGACAUCUCAAUUAUCCGCCGUUUCUCCUUUCAAUCCCAGCAAAUGGCGUUUCUCCGUUGUACUAUUCCAAUUAUCCAGUGCCAAUGACAACAAUGUUUUUGCAACGAGUUGCUCCAUCUUUUUCUCCCUUUCCCUCCAGAAUGCAUAACUGUGAUGCAUUGGUGAUGUCGUCCUUUCGCAAGAACCGCCUCUCUCUCUCUAUCUCUCUCCCUCUCUCUCUUUUCCUUUCUCUGCCCAAAACCGAACAGAUGGGACCGCCCGUACUCUUCACAAACACAAAGAUUCUGCAGAAUGAAAGUAGUCAGGAGGCCAGUCUUUCUAGUGUUUUUUCACUCCUUCUGCCCAUUGCACACACUGAUUCCGUGGGGGAUUCGGGCGGGAAAACAAAAAGGAAAAAGUGGGAGGAAGACGUGAAAACGUGUUGAAAUUAUGAUGGAUGACGGGGGAGCCAAAAGGAUUUGAUGGAAUUCGGAAAGAAGAGUCGCAGAGGGGUCGCAGCUGAUUCGAACUUUUCGGAAAGCCUCUAUGGCUCCACUCAAUCUUCAUUUCGGCCAUUUAGUGACCCAUCCAUCACUCUCCAAAACGGCUCUGAAUGCUCAAAAACGUGUUCAUCGUUUUCGGAGAUGAAAAGUCGGAUAACUAACUGCCGCUCCGCAUCGGAUUCCGUUUCGCUGGCCAAAAAUGGCCAUUAUCUCUUGCUCGUCGCAUGUUUUAUGUCGAGAAAGAAAGCGGAAAACGAAGAGAGAAAUGAGCGUCCGUCCGGACAAAGUCACACCAUUUGACACCCAAUCUCGCACCCACCAACUAUACGUUUUUCCGAGCGGAUUAUACCGAAACGUUUUCGGGUCAAAACAAGAGUUCCUCGGAGGGACUUUGAAGGUAUCUGAAUGAACGGAAAGAUUUUAGGAUACGGUUUGGUUUCCGAAGAGUGUCCGUCUCACGCCGUCGGAUGUCGGAUCAGAGCGAAAAAGGAUCACAUCGGUGAGUUGGAAUGGAAACGGAAAUAGAAACGGAAUAGUCUCUCAGAAUGGUACGAACUUUCGCGUCUCUACGACCGUAACCAAUUGGUGUGUGUCUAUCCGGAAGAGUACAAAUCAAUGACUGGUGGGUCCCUAUUAGUUGAAGAUCGGCGGAAACUCACUGAUUGCAGGAUGUAUGCGGAAGCCGUCGGGAAGUGUCCGUUGCUGGUGCGGAGGUCGGGAGAACUGCAACGAUCCGGAGACGAGCAGAGAUCUGUAUGAAGCAUUUACGGAGGGGGACAACGAGGCGGUCGAGAAGAUCUCCGAUUGGUUAAAGUCGGAAAAGGAUGAGAGUUGUGAGUGAAUAGGAGGGGGCGCUCUACGACAGAGUGUCUAAUGAUUCUCUGAACUUUUAUUCUACCUAAUGAUAUGUUGAGAGACGUGUUUCAGCAUGGAAGAAGUUCACCACAACAGAAGAGGUUCCGACGACGACGACCAGAAGAACGACGACUCCGAGAAGAACGACGGUCAGAAGAACUACGACGACGACGACGACUACACAAGAGUGAGCACUUAUAGUCCGUUUAGACAAAACAUAACUUUGAGCACUUUCAGACCGACGACGACUUCUCAAACAAUUACCACAAGCACUGACCGUCCAACAGUAACCCCGAAAAAGACAACGAAGAGAAUCGGAAAUGCGAAGAGCACGAGCACGUCGAAGCCGUCAAUGUCCUCGAAGGAAGAGCCGAAGAAGGCACGAGUCAUCAACAUUGUCGAUAUUCGUGAAAAGGUGAACGAAGAACUCUUAAAAUAACAAUUGCAAAUGGAAAAAAAGAAAUGAGAAAAUAGGAAGAUGAAAGAUUGGAUUGUUAGUGCCGCUUCACAGGCUUCUGAACGGGAGCAACGAGCUAAGAGUUUCUGACAUGAGAAAAAGAAGAAGAAAAUAUAUUCUGAUUUCUGAUUUCUCAGCUCUAAAUUUUUUGUGUAUUUUUUCGGGAAGUGUUGGCUAGAGUGAUCUACCUAGAAACAACUUUAAUUCGAUUGAAGUUAACUCGAAUGAGGUUAUGACGCCCCUCUAUUUUCAUUUCUUGACACAUCCUUUCUGAUGCCUCGCCCCCGCCCUUUCGGUGCCAAUCAGUGAACACUUUCAUUCGUUUAAUGAUAUCUGUUUGAGGCGGUUCCCCUUCCGAACGACGAUGUUUCGCUCGAUGACACAUUCGAAGAAACUCGCAAAAAACUGGUAAGUAUACAUUCGGAAGGAAGGGAACAUGAGAAAGAUGACGUUGCAGGAAAAGGAGAUGAAGGAAGAGGACGAACGACUGAAAGAGAUGCUCGCGGACGAAGAGGAGGAGGAAUCGAAUGGUCAGUGGGGAAGGGAAGAGCAUUCAGGAAAGGGCACGUUUCAGAUAUCGAUGAAGAGGAGGACGUGACUGCGGAAGAUCAGAGGGAAGAGGAACGGGAGAGAUACCGGAUGGAGAGGUCAGUUAGGACAUUCAACAGUAGCAAGAAUGUGUGCUCUUUUCAGACGACGUGUUGAGGAACGACGUCUUCAGGAGGACACAAUUCUGCGUCGGAUUGAAGAGGAAGAGAUCAGAGAAGCGGAGAAGGACCGUCCGAACAGAGGCACUUCAGACGACGACAUCUACGGAAGCGACUUCGAGAACUCCUCCGAAGCGGUCUUCACUCCGAUCCUUUCCCUUCUCAUUUCCCUCUUGCUCAUCUGAUCUGUUUCCGUACCCGUUCAGUUCGAAUUCACUUACCCCCCUAGGUCCUUCUUUUUCUUCUUCUUCUCUCCCCAACGAACUCCCCCUAAUCUCCCUUGUUCUCUUCGCUUCCGUUCCUCUCUCCCUUGAUACUGGUGCCUGUAUUCUGCUAAUUCAAUCAAUAAAUGCUUUCUGAUCGAUACAAUCCCGAGAGGCCUCUUCAAGCAAACGCUCCAGGACAUCGCAGCCGAGAAUCGAUCGGUUUUUAAUGUGACGUUCAAGGAGUACCGACGGCUCUACAACGAAUGCAGCAGUCUGAUCGAUUGUAUCCGAUCGUUGGCCCACGUGGUGUACAAUAAGGACUUUCAGCUUAACGCUGAAAACUUAGUGCUCUCUUUGGAAGUACAAUGCGAUUUUUUCAAGUUCAAGAUCGGCAAGUUCAGCCAGUGCAUCAAUGAGGUGAGCAGUUUCUUCAAAUUUAAGCAAAAAUCAUUUAAUGUUUUGUUCUUCAGAUCAAUUUGGAUUGGAAACAGAUCAGAAAUCAAGAAGAAUCGUGCGGUCUGAACGUCCUCGAGAUGCUCGCCCUUUUCAAGAUCGUCAAGAAAAGAUGCGGAAGUGACGCCUACCAGGACAUGAAAAUGAACGCUCCCUUCGUCAAAAUCCUUAUCUGCCUAAAUGCGUUCUAA